AUGGAUCACUCCCACAUGGACCACGGCAAUAUGGGCGACAUGCCCGGUCACGGCGGCCACGACAUGCCCUCGCACGGGGACGUGUGCAGCAUGAGCAUGCUCUUCACCUGGGACACGAACAACCUCUGCAUCGUCUUCAAGCAAUGGCACAUCCGAACCACCCCCGGCCUGCUUUUCAGUCUCAUCGCCGUCGUCCUCAUCGGAAUGGGCUACGAGGCCCUGCGCGCAGGCACGCGCCGGUACGAGGUCAUAAUGGCGCGGAGGUUAGAUUCCACCCCGAGUGACAUCAUUACUGAGACUACGCCGCUGGCGUGGGCGACAGGGCAGAACAAGGCGCAGGUGAACCAGAGGACGCACUUGCUCAAGGCGGUUCUGUACGCGGUGCAGACCUUUUAUGCCUUCAUGUUGAUGUUGAUUUUCAUGACUUACAACGGCUGGGUCAUGGUCGCUGUUACCCUGGGCGCCUUCUUCGGCUACCUGGUAUUCGGAGCACACACGCCUGUCAACAAGGAGACACAAUGUCAUUGA